AUGGACCCAGAAACCAUUCAGCGGAGCCGAGAGCUAGCCAUCCACCUUGACAAAGAUGCAUACUUCCCAGGCGAAACAAUGUCCGGCCUGAUCUACCGAGAGGCAUUCAUAAAUACCCGAAGCGCGGUUGUAAUGGUUUGCAUCCAUGGAGAAUCCAAAGUUCUGUUGGAGUCCAUUGGCUCUGCAAAGAAACACUACUCAUGCUUUGUUCUUGCCAGGACGUGCCAGAAGGACCCUUGUAUACUUCGCCACGGUCCGCUACGCAUCUGGGAUGGCGAAGGGGAAUGUUGGCGAUUUAGCUUCAAGAUACCCUUCUUUGCCGACUCAACAGAAAACGAACAGACUAGCUCACCAAGCUAUACGCCUGUUGGUGCCACAGACCAUCAAGUACCUCCCUCAUAUACACUUCAGAAACAUGGCAUCGUGAAUGCAUGUGUCGAGUACUAUGUCUGUGCCAAACUUCUGUAUCCAACGGGCUCUGGAGGAACUACAUGGACAGAAGUUGUGAACACCACCCAUCCCUUCAAACUGGUGCAACGCUCCUCAAACCCGCCAAUCGACUACUCCGCUGUGAAGCGAUGGCGACACCCCAAGACCAUUCGGAGCGCUCGUCUAGCUACUGGCACGAAGUCCCAUUGGGCCAGGAGACCGCUAGGUCGAACCAAUUUCCCAAAAUUCGAGUUCGACCUAUUAUUCGAGCUUCCAACUACCAUUCAGCUCGACAAUCCUGCGCCCAUUCCAUUGCGUCUAGCUGUCGAUCCGGACUGGGGGGAAAGUGAUCCGAGUCUCCGAGGACUUCCGCAGAAGGUCAAGUUGGUCUCUAUCGAGCUCCUGUUGGAGACACACACAAGAUUCAUUUUGCAAAGAGGAGAAAGAGAAUUUACAACGGAGCUUAAUCUUGAUCUUGCCAGAGCUGUACGCCGCCUACGAAGUGAGAUCAACAUCCCAUGCACCACUAUCUGGGAGCCUGUGGAUAUCGGAGAAUUAAUCGAUUUUCGACUCAAAUUGAUUAAUGGACCUGGGUUUCCCAAACCGUCACCGGCUACGGAAAUCACGCCCUCGUUUCGAACGUAUAACAUGACUGUGACGCAUAUGCUGGCAUGGAAGAUUCAUGUCAAGAUCGCUGGAGAGGCUUUUAUCGUCGGAGGAAAGGCCGAUGUGCUGAUAUUGAGAUCGAGUGACGGCCGAUUGCCAAGUAGCUCGGACCAAAGCCCUUCAGUGCCAGUUGGAACAGGUACUGAGACGGAGUUAGAGGCUCCAGAAACGGGUCCUGGGGGUUCUGCUCUCUGGGACCAAGAGGAUGACUCGUGGAUCGUGCCGCCGCCGGAGGAUGAGGCACCACCUUCGUUUGUUGAUGCAUGUGUCAUGAGAUAA